UCUGCUCCUCCCUCGUACCCAACCCUUCCUCCCGAUGGCGUCACCGGCGUCUCCGCGGCAACAGCGGCAGGAGAGAGAGAAAAAAAAGAAGGUCCGUCUCCGGGACGCCGCGCGCGUCUCAGCAUAUCGGACCCGGAGCGCGCGCGGUCAGGACGCACGGCCAUGCACUGUCUCGCGCUCUCACCCGGGGCUCGCGCGUGGUGUUUCCUUCGGUUCCUCGCGGUGCUAUAAACAACAGUAGUAGUAGUAGUAGUAAUAAUAAUCAUCAUCAUCAUCAUCAUCAUUAUUAUUAUAAAUAAUACAUUGUUUAUCCUGCGGCGCGGACAUGCGCGGAGCAAACGGAGCAAAAAUAAAAGAAACUGCGGACAAAAGGAGGAGAAUGUCUGUAAUCCGUUAAAGACGGGAUGCAAAGAAAGAGGAGCGCGUGGAGAUAAGUGGCACAGAAAUGCAGCGGUUUCACAUUUUGAUUUGUGUUACUAGAAUGAAAAUCUAGUGUUAUAGGACAAAGACUUGAUUCAUGCAUUGGGAGUCGUUUCCAACAGAGAAACUCUGGACGCACUGAUUUGCAAAAAUCAAUCAAAUCCAAUUCUAAAUAAACCCAGAAAGAUUUAAAAUCCUGGAACGAUGCUGAGCACUCACAAUUUAUGGAUUGCAUGGCUGGCGCUCUUGUGCAUGGAAGUGUGUGUGCGCUCGCUGGAGGUGACGGUCAGUCAGAGCAGCGUCCAGGUGGCCAGAGGUCAGGCAGCCAUCUUGCCCUGCACUUUCACCACCAGCGCUGCCCUUAACAACCUGUACAUCAUCUGGAUGGUGACACCGCUGGCCAACGCCAACCAACCCGAGCAGGUGAUUAUUUAUCAGGGCGGUCAGGUCUUCAGCCUCGCUAACCGUAUGAACAAUCGUGUGGGUUUUGUUGCUACGAUGCCCAGCACUAGUGCCUCCAUCUUCAUCAACAACACACAGCUGGCGGACACGGGGACGUACCAGUGCCUCGUCAACAACCUGCCCGACCGCGGGGGGAGAAACAUUGGUGUCAUCGGCCUCACCGUGCUCGUUCCUCCAUCUUUGCCCGUGUGUCGCAUCCAGGGUUCUCUGGACGUCGGCAGUGACGUCACGCUCCUCUGUGGUUCUGAAGAGGGAAUUCCGACGCCAACGUACUCAUGGGAGAAACUGGACUCGAUCCCCAAACUCCCUCUCGGUUCCAUGCAAGAUCAGAUGCAGGGUACGGUGAGUCUGAAGAACAUCAGCGUGGGGACGUCGGGUGUGUAUCAGUGUACCGCCUCCAACGCCAUCGGCACCAGCACGUGUCAACUCAACGUGCAGGUGGUUACACCUCAGCCCCAGAGCGCAGGUCUCAUCGCUGGAACCGUCGUCUCCGGCGUCCUCGCGGCUGUGAUUUUUGCCCUGCUGGUGAUCGUUACGCUUUUCUACUGGAGGAACAAGAACCGCUACGAAGACGAUGACAUCCCCAAUGAAAUCAGAGAGGACGAUCUUCCGCCGAAGAGGUCGUCGUCGGUGAAGGCGUUCCAGGCGGACGCCUCGUCCUCUGAGAAUGACACGCUCACCUCCACCAACACCUACAACAGCCGCUACUGGCACAAUGCCAAAGCCAGCUACGACGCCAACUCCUACACUCGCUACGACGGGCAAAGCUUCACAACUGGGGUCGGGACUGGUACUGGAGGCGGGGUAGGCUACGCAAAUGGAGGACACACUCUCCCAGCUCCCAAGACUCUGGUGGUCACUGCCAAUUCUGCGCCUAUUGUUACACGCAGCAACGGUUCGUUGACUCAGCGAGCUCCACCCACAACACCCCCACCUACUUCUGGCGCCGCCCAAACGCACUUGCCGAGUCGCACGCAUUCGUACGCCGUCAGCCAAGCGGCACUGGAGCGCAUGGGCGCCGUACCUGUCAUGGUUCCCGCUCAGAGCCGGGCGGGGUCACUCGUCUAACGCCAAUAUGAGAUGACAAACAGAAUUUUUACAAUUCUUUAUACAAAUGAUGCCAUCUCUUUCUUUUUUUUCACUAAUGAACUACUGAUUUUACUGCGUGAGGUUUUUUCUACAUUAGCAAAUUUGCAAUAAUAAUAAUAAUAAUAAUAAUAAUAAUAAUAAUAAUUCAGGAACGUUUUGGAGAACAUUUGGAAUGUUUCCUUGAUUAAGCGAUCUCUUUUCAACAUGCAUCUCGACUGCAUAUUAAAAGUACAAAAUUUUAGCUGCCUCUUUUAGAACAUUUACGCUUAGCAACACUAUGUUUUGCUGAUGACGACUUGGGCCAUCUUAUCGAAUUUUGAAGCAAUAGUUUUAAAACGUUAACCUAAAACUCCUAAAAUUUUGUUUA